AUGGUACCUCGAGCGCAGCGAACUACCCGUGUAUCUGCGCCAUCAUCUGUCAUGCUGUGGUGGUCCUUGGCGGCCAGAACGAGGUCGUGGAUUCUCGCCUGCAUCCUUCUUUGCCUGCUGGCGUGCCGUGCAGCUCGCACUUCGCCAUCAGCGGGCGAUGAAGGCAUCGACCACGGACACGCGAGUGACAACAUUACUGUGACGGCGCACAACACCGACAGCAGCGUCGGUGACAGCGGCGCGUCGAGCAUGCGCGCGCAGAGCAAUGGAGCUGCCUCAGCGCUGCUGCACCACACCGCAGGGAGAACACGCGCAACCGGCCCGCCGACGUGCCAGGAGCUGUACGCCAAGCGGGCCUUGUCCUCCUCGCUGCUGCUGUCUGGCGACUGCGUGCUCCCGCGCAUCAGCAAGCAACUGAGCGGCGACCGCAGAGAUGACCUCCUGCGGCGAGCCUCGUCGGCAGAGGCGGCGACGCGCAUCUUUACCUGGCACAUUGGCCCACGCACACCGGCGCACCAAGCGCCACUGCAGAGCAUAUUUCCCAACUACUUCAUGAACCUCAGCACCGCUGCUGCCGCCGCCACCACGGCUGAUGGAGCGCGGCUCGCCAACGAUGCCGGCGGUGGCGCGCAAGGGCUGCUGCGGGCCGACGCUGCAACAGCGAGGCGCAUACACAACUACAACGCUCUUUACUCGGACGAAGGACGCAUGGCGGCUGGCUCCACCUCCUUAGGCGGGUACCGCAGCACUGCCGCCGCCCGAAGUGGAGCACGCGGCAGUAACGCCCACGCGGGCAAGAGUAGAGGCGACGCAUCGUCAUUGGCUUCGCUUAUGGACUCAGCGUGCGCCGCCGUGCAGCUCAUCACCAGCGCUGCCGCACAUGUCGUGGAGAUGUCUGGACUCGGCCAUUACGCCCAGUGCGCCGCUACGGAGGUAAUUGCGAAUCUGCGCGUAUUCGCCUGGCGCAGUGUCACGGCGUGGGUGCAGCUUUUCAUGCGCCGGCGAGUGGUGGUGCGCAUCCACAUAGGACUAUGGCGCGGUGCCACACCAACGGCAGCACCAGCACCAGCGGGUGAUGGGGGUGACAGCAGUGGCUCGAGAGAGAGCGCUAUGCUGCCCCCUCGCUUGAUGCUCUCCCGCAUGGCGAUGUUGACCCACGGCUCGCUGUCGCUCCUGCGCGUGGUGUCCUUUCCGCCAGUUGCGCAGCUCGUACCGGACACGCCGCUGCCGCCGUCCUCCCCCGCCUCCAAUUCGUCCCUGCAAUCGGCAGCCACGUCGUUUGUGUGUUCGCUACCCGCCGUCCACGCAGCCUCGCUGCUGCUCCAGGAGGAUGCGAUGGCACGAGCGCGAGAAGCCCAGCAAGCUGCGGCAGCGGCCGGUGAGGCGGCAUUCUCGAGAAGGCGGCCGCAUCGCGCACGCCCAGACCCGCUGCCGUUGUUGAGGCCACGCCUGUGGAUGCUGUCCGUGGUGAGAAAUGCGGCCCACCUUGCCGGCCGCUUACUCUCGGGCACGAGCCGCGCCGGCGAUGCAGCAGAGGGGUCGAUUUCCGCCAAUGACGGGGUCUCGAGGUCGGCUGCUGUCACAGCAGCGCGGGGAUUUGUGGCUCGGGUGCGGGAGGAGUUAGGGCCGCACCAGAGCUUUGGCGAGUCGCUUCUCCCCAUCGCGCUUCAGCAGAUGCUUGGCAGCCGCACACUGCACACGCACACGCAGCUCAUAGAGGAAGCGGAGGAAGACCGGGUGAGAUUUUUCGUGCAGUGGGAGGCGUCUCUGCAGGCCAGCACACCAAUGUGUCUCGCACUUGCCGCCCUGCCACCGUCCUCGCUCGACGUGGAGGUGGUGGGGGCCGGCAUUGCGGCUCAGUCACUCGCAGCAGCUGAUAACCUCCCUGUGUUAUUGGAGGAAAUGUGCAGCCUCGACACGGUGUGGCUGCAGCUGCUAUUCGUGGCCUGGGUAGUGUGGCAGCUCGAGCGACGCGUCGCACAGAACCUGCUCGUGCACCACCUUGUGACAGGCCUCAGCGGCAUUCUGCUGCUGCUGCUCCUGCUUCUCUGGUAUGUGAUCCGCCGCCUGCAGGGCACCUCAUUCCAUCUGGCUAUGAUUACCAUGGCGCUUCUGUUGGGUGGGUCAACGGCGGUGAUGGACGGCCUGCUGGAUGUCGUGAGGAACAUCCACUCCAUAGUGGUGUACCUGUCAGAGUCCGCAGCUGGCGGUGGGCAUGGGUGGGACGGUACCGAGGGCAGUGGAGACGCCAACGACGCCCCCUCCUCUUCCACGUUCAGCGCCCUCUUCGCUCUGGGCGGUGGCGCUCUUCUGCUCAUCUGCGUUGGAAGCGGAAUCCUGCUUAACUGGCUCGUCCCACCCGCCGUCCUGCGCGCUACGACCUUCUGGUGUGUCCGGGCGCUGCUCUUAACGCUAUGGGGGCUGUGUGUGCUGCGCAACGCCCCGGCGACAGCGGUCGCUGCUCUCCUGUGGACACUGUGGCAGUUGCGGUCACUCGCGCGUAUCGCGUCAUGCUUCACAUCCCCGGCAGAGAGCGGCAAGAGUCGCAUACUUAUAAGCAGCGAGCCACUGGAAAAGGUGCCGCUCGAUGCUCGGCAAGCGCGUGGGUACGUGAGACCGCUGGCAGUCUCCUCGUGGGCCGCCACCUCGGACAGUAACACUACGGGGUACGCCGGUCUGCUCACCUCGGCGGCUCGACUGAAGCGUUACGAGGAAGAGGGGGCGGAUUGCACUCGGCGUGCGCUGGAGAGCCUGGCAGCGCACCUGCGCGCCAAUCCUGGUCGAUACGCGACGCGACUUCGCGACCCGAAUGGGGUGCAGCAGUGGGCUGGUGCUGCGAGCACAGAGACCGACGAGGAGGCGGAAGGAUAG